AUGACAUUUUCGUUGAAUUACGCCGUUUUUCGUUGUCUACUUAGUUAUCUCUCACCUCGGCAGCUUUAUGCUUUCAGAGAACUAAUGGAGGCCCAACCUCCAGCUGGGAGUGGUGGUGGUGCUCGUGGUGGUGGUGAGAUGAGGAAAGUCCACAUCGUUUAUUUUCUUAGUCAUAAAGGACGCAUCGAGCAUCCACAUCUCAUACGUGUUCAUCAUCACUCGCGCAAUGGAGUUAGAUUGAGAGAUAUUAAGAGAUGGUUAUCGGAGCUACGAGGGAAAGACAUGCCAGAGAGCUUUGCUUGGUCAUACAAGAGAAGGUACAAGGCUGGAUAUGUAUGGCAAGACUUACUGGAUGAAGAUCUUAUAACCCCAAUCGCUGAUAAUGAAUAUGUCCUUAAAGGUUCAGAAAUUUCCUCCAUCACUAUCACUAAUGAUCUUAGUUCAUAUGGAGAAGAAGAGGGGUCCAAGCCAAAAAGCUCCCCCUCAUUCAAGGUUGACAUCAAAGAUCCAACAAUCUCUUUAGUGAAAGAAACAGAAGAGAAUUCAAUCAACUCAUCAACAAAAACAUCAUUUGAAAUUGAAGAACUUCCUUCGUAUGGCUCUGAAACUUCAACGGAAGACACAACAAAGCAGCAAGAAGAUUAUCAAUUUCUUGGCCCAUGUAAACAUGCAGAAGUGCGAAGCCAAAAGAAAACUGAGCUUGAUUCCUUAUUUGAUAAUUACUUGAACAAAAACAAGAACGAUAAUACAAACAAGAAGGAUGGCAACCAGAAAGAAACUAGUAGUUCCAAGGCCUCCCCAUCAUUAAAUAAUUCGUGUGGAAGAUUGGGUGCAUCUCAUAUGUUUCUGAAUUUGCUCACGUGUGGGAUUGUGGACGCCAAUGAAUCAGCUGUGACAGUAAUCAACAGAAGAAAUAGUACAUCUUCUAUGAUGAAUGUAGCUUCCAGUAAGGAUAAAAAUAUCGGACAAGUUGUAAAAGGAGACAAAAUUGGGGGAUCUGAAAGGGUUUUCAGAGGCCAUUGGCCCACUUUAGAGCAACAAAGAGAGAGCAGGAAGGAGGGAUCAAAGAAGAGUUAUAACCUCAAUGACUCUAAUAACAAAAAGACAUUUCCAGUUGGUUAUAAGUUUGUGAAUGGCCCUUAUUGCUCGCAAUGUGGGAGGCAAUUCAAUCCUGAGAAACUUCACACCCACAUGAUGUCAUGUAGAGGAAUGAAAUCUUUGAUUAAGGCUGUCAAAUCGAAGUUCUAAAGCUGCUGGCCACAAUCCAAAACAUUAAAUCAUCACUAUUUCAAGCUUUAACUUGACAUAUACACACACAUUUUAGUUUCUUUUAUAGGAUUUAGACACUAGUUAUUGAUUACUCUUACAGAUAAUUCUGUAAAGAAGUUUUCUUUUAACAAUCUCCAAAUCUCUUCAAUGUAAAAUCUCCCCC